UCUGAUGUGGGCUUACCUCCAACCGCACCCAGCCUACUUCCGCACACAUCCUUGAUCCUGAAACACAUUGCGAGCUGCAUGCCGGAUGCACGGCUUCGAGACCGAGGCUGAACGUUGGAAAGUAAUCAACCACGAUUUGCCCCACGUAUCGUUUGUCCAGAGUCCGCAUGUCACUCAUCGUUAGACUCACCCUCUUCGCGAAGUAGACCCACGCGCUGUGCACUGGAACCCGAGACGGGUGCGGCGGCUACGGCCGAAUAAAUUGUCUUCCGCAGCACGUCCGACAACGAACGUCACGUGCGCCAAUGCAUCGGUUGCGACACCCUCCGUCGCUGGGCGACUUCGCUCGGCACUUUCCUCCUGGCGAUGCUCAGCUUUCCGGGAUCGCGAGAACGCGCAGAGAAAGAUCUAAAUAGCGGAUGUGUUGCCCAAGAUGGCUGGCCGGCCUUGGCUGCCGUACCUCUCCCACUCGAGAUUGCUCGGCAGCACUGCGCGACGAGGUUGAUCGUUGGCUUCGCCUCAGCACUGGCACCCGAACACCCAGAUCCCAAGCCUUUCCGCGCAGAAAAAUGCCUUCUCCGCGGACAACUCAAUCCGGGACAUUUUGGAACCGGAAAGCAUCGGAAUCUGCAAUGUCGAAGGAGCUCGUCCAAGGAUCUGCCGGUACCUUGCUGUGCACACACUUCUGAAUCAUGAUCGCGGCGUUUGGCAUCGGGACAUGCCGAAUUGAGGACGGGGAUCUAGAUAGAUCUACUGUAGAUAGUUGGGCCGAACGACGCUUAUCAUGGGGGAGAUUAGUCAGGUGUGUACGAUGUGCCCCAGCCUGAUCUGGUGUCGUCCCAAUCUGCUUCCCCAGCGCGCCGGAAUCCUUCUCCGUCAGAUGAACACGGGGUCAGAUGGAAUUCCCGAUAUCACGGCUCGUUUGAACUGCCUCCUGGAGUCUCCGUUUUGCCGCCUCUGUGUCAGUGGAUUGCAGCUCUGCUUCUGAGAAGACCUUUCGUUGACAGCGACAGUAUUUCAGCGACUCUCUCUAAGUAUCUAGCUCGGAACCACAUUCCAAGCCGACCGAUCCCAGCAUGACGGUUGAUGCAGUGCGAGCCAGCACCUAUCUUACGACAUGUUCUCCGCCGGCGGGCAUUC